GUAUCUCCUUCCCUCCUCUUUCACGAUUUCCAUGGCACUUAUUUUAUUAUAAUUUUCAAACCCCAAAAGUUUUUUUAAUCACUGCAUUACAUCUAUCGUUCAAGAACCCUCGUUUAAGGAAAGCAAAGCCACAGUGUUAAGAGACACACACAGCGUCACCGCCAUCUUAGUGUCUGCUUAAAGUUUGGGGACCAUGGAUGCUGUGGCGAGCUCUCAUAAAUAUUAAUGGCGGAGAGCGCCUCUCCUUGUCUCUCUCCCUUCAUGCGUUUCAUCGAGUCAGUAAUCAUGACCACCACCUCCAUUUAAAUUCAUCCACUUCUUUAUUUCUUUCUUUCUUUCUUUCUUUCUUUCAUUUAACCGUUUAUUCAUACCCUUUUCACUAUUACGCAUGGUUGAUUUUAGAUGAAACUUUUUGGAUAAAGCGUUUAUGUUACGAGGAGAAAGAGAAGCCACCCCAGUUCGAUUCGAAAUCGACCCUUCAGAGAGUGGCUCCAAAUCAUUUCGACCCCGCAUUUUCUCCGUUUUAGCUUUCUGGGUGUUGGAAUCUCCUUUGGAAUUUGUGUUUUGAGCUUAAUUUGCAGAGGGGUUUCGCUUGAGAAGGCUUCUUGUGGGYGGAAUCGAAGUGGGUUUGCUUUGAUUUGUGCUAUGGUUGUGAUUGAGGAGGGGAAAUUAUGAUGGAGGAGAGUGUGGCUGAUAAGAGCGAGGGCAUUGGCCACAUUGUGCCUGAGAAUGAGACGCUUGGCCAUUUGAUUGAGGAACAUGGGCGUGAGAGCAGCUCGAGCUCUGAUUUUCUUACAUCAGAAACCACAGGGCUUGAGGAGCACAGCCACAGUGGCUCUGAUGACUCAUCUUCCCCAUCUUCAAUGAGUUGGCCCACUCGAAAACCUGAGGUACCCAAUUCCAAUGGUGCUGAUAAAGGAGGAAAAAACCAUGUUGACAAUAGGAAGCUGGAGAAGAAAGUAUCCUCAUCAUCAGAGAUUGAGAUGAUGAAGGAAAGGUUUUCCAAACUGCUGCUUGGAGAAGAUAUGUCAGGCUGUGGAAAUGGGGUUUGUACAGCAUUGGCUAUAUCUAAUGCCAUUACAAAUCUUUGUGCCACUCUGUUUGGGCAGCUGUGGAGAUUAGAACCCCUUCCACGAGAGAAGAAAGUAAUGUGGCGAAGGGAGAUGGAUUGGCUUCUUUGUGUUAGUGAUCAGAUCGUCGAGCUGACGCCUACUUGGCAAACGUUUCCUGAUGGAAGCAAGCUCGAGGUUAUGACGUGCAGACCGCGCUCUGAUCUUUAUGUAAAUCUUCCCGCCCUACGUAAACUGGACAACAUGCUUCUUGAAAUAUUAGAUAGUUUUGAAGAUUGUGAGUUCUGGUAUGUUGAUCAAGGGAUACUGGCCCAUGAGACUGAUGGGUCUUCCUCCUUCCGUGGAGCACUACAACGGCAAGAAGAAAAAUGGUGGCUUCCCGUGCCUCGAGUUCCUCCUGGUGGUCUCCAUGAAGAUUCAAGAAGGCAAUUGCAACACAAGCGCGAGAGCACAAACCAAAUACUGAAAGCUGCAAUGGCAAUUAACAAUACUACUCUGGCUGAUCUGGAUAUUCCCGAACCAUAUCUCGAAGCCUUACCAAAGAAUGGAAGAGCCUGUUUGGGAGAUCUUAUAUAUCGAUAUAUUUCCUCGGAUCAGUUUUCUCCUGAAUGUCUACUUGACUGCCUUGAAAUGUCCUCUGAACAUCAAGCUACAGAGAUCGUUAACCGGGUCGAGGCUUCAAUCUACGUAUGGCAGAAAAGAAUAAACUCAAAACCUGCCACUAACUCCACCAAACACAGUUCAAAAUCAUCGUGGGAAAUGGUCAAGGAGCUGAUGGUCGACUCGGAGAAAAGGGAGUUGCUUGCAGAGAGAGCAGAGACUCUAUUACUUUGCUUAAAGCAACGAUUUCCUGGUCUUCCACAGACAACCCUUGACAUGAGCAAAAUCCAAUAUAAUAAGGACGUUGGAAAAUCCAUCUUAGAGAGCUACUCCCGAGUUCUGGAGAGUCUAGCAUUCAAUGUCGUGGCACGUAUCGAUGAUCUGCUUUACGUGGAUGAUCUCACAAAGCAUUCUGAUCAACUCUCGUCAAUUUCCAAACUUGGUGUGAUUUCUCACAAGAACAGCCCAUUGCAUUUCUCAGUGCCCAUCUCUGGCACUCCUUAUAAAACACCCUUUGCCACUCCAAGCUUUUCACCUGGAGCCAGCCCGGCCAAGGGAGAAAGGUCACCAUUCUUUUCCGGCACCAAGAUUCCCCAACGCGGAUUCGGUGUCAAAAAGGUUUUGACUGACUAUCUCAGCGUUGAAACAAGAGGAGGAAAAGAAUUCAGCAACAAAACUGAGAAACCCGAACCAGUCACAAACCCAAACUUUGAGAAGCAAGGCGCUCGGUACAGGGAAGGAUCAGCGAGCGCRCCCAAACAAGGAUUGGUCGUGGAAGAGUGAAAUCCAAGCUUGGUUUUGGGGAAGUUGGGACUCAUGGCUGUAUGUAUGGUUUUCCACUUGAAUUGUCACUUUUCUGCAUUUCUUUUUGUAGGCAUAGGAUGUAUAUUUGAAAUUGGGGAAAGUUGUCAUUAGAUGUGCUUGUACUUGUAUUGAUGAGGUGUGAAUUGACAGUCAAUAUGAGGAAUCAAAUGCUUCCAUGUCUUUCCUGACUAACCCAUGUGUUGACUCUGAAUGUGUAAAGAAACUAUAUUGGAAUUUAUAAAUUAGAAAUCGAAAUCUUCAGCUGA